AUGUUGGGCUCCGCCCACCCCGCCCAUCGAGCCGUCGCCCUGCGCCGCCCAGCCACCUCCGCCGUCCUCUCCGCCGUUCUCGCCCGGGCCACCCUCCCACCGCCAUCGGCCCCUGUCGCGCGCUCCCCAUCUGCUCCCCACGCGCCCACACCAUGCGCGCUUCCGUCCCAGAUUGCCCACCGCCCGCCUCCGCUUGCCCGGGGUGAUUCGCGGGGGGCAGGUGGGGGCGUAUACCGCGGGUUGCCCCGCCCGCGCUUGCCGCUCCGCAGCGUCAUCCGCGAAGGAUGGUUGCUCCCCGCGGCUUGGCGCGCAGGCAGCGAGAGCCGGUGGCGGGGCUUGGUGGUGGGCGCACGGGUGGCGGAGAGGGUGGCGGAAUCGCCAGGCGCUGGAGCGCGCGCAGAAGUGAUGGGGGAGAGCAGGGGAGAGGGGGAAGAGAGGUGGCGCGGUGAAGGGGUGGCAGUGGGUGGGGCGGAGAGGGAGGUGGGGGGCGAGAGUGGAGCGAGUGAGCAAGUGCUGUUCGACCCCCCCGCCCUGCCAGCAGCGUUUGAGGGAGUGCAGCGGUGGGUGCUGUUCUCGGACCUCCACGUGUCGCGCCGCAAUGCAGAGCUCUGUGCCGCGCUGCUCACACACGUGCACCAGCUCGCCAAAGACAGGGCAGCGGGCGUGGUGUGUCUUGGCGACUUCUGGCAUGUGAGGGGGUCGCUGCCAGUGGAGGCACUCAAUGCUGUCAUGCAAGCCAUGGGGCCCGCCGUGUGGACUCAACCCACCAUCAUGAUCCCCGGCAACCACGACCAGGUGCCACUACAUCGCCCCUGCCAUGCUGCUGCUCUCUUCAUCCGAUUUGCUCCUUUCUGCCUCCUGCCUCUCUCCCUGCCUUCAUUUCUAGCCAUUCCCUCUCUCCUCUCCCUUCCCCUCACCCUGGUCGCACAUCCGCCACUCUUGCCGCCUCGUCCCUCUCCUCCCGGCCAGGUGUCAGUGGACGGCACACAGCACGCGCUGGCAGUGCUGGCGCGCAUCAACCCGCACAUCGUGGUGCUCUCAAACCCCACCGUGCUGCUCGCCGCCCUCUGGCUGCCCUUCCGCCACCACGCCCCCCUCCUCACCUCCGCCAUGCACCAAGCGCUGCACGCCCCCCCGCCCUCCGCCCCGCCCAUCCGCGCCGUGUUCAUGCACGCCGACGUGGAGGGGGCGCGGCGCAGCAGUGUGGAGGGCGCCAUCACGCUGCCAGGCGAGGGGCUGGAUCCGCUGCUGCUGCCACCGGGCCUGCCCGUGUACUCGGGGCACCUGCACCUGCCGCACACCGUGGCCAGGGGUGGGCGCGCUGUGCACUACGUGGGGUCGUGCUUGCAGCACAGCUUCGGGGAGGCGGGGCAGAGCAAGCGCGCUAUGGUGCUGGGGGGCGGGACGUGGGAGCACGUGGAGGAUAUCCCCCUGGACGUGGGGCCGCGCCACUUCAUCAUCCCCACCGCUGCAUCAGCCUCACAGCCGGGUGAAGGUGAAGGAGAGUCGGAGUGGCAGGCAGGCGAGGGGUGGCAGCAGGUGGUGGCGCAGCUGCGGGCGGGCGACCUGGUGCGAUGGGAGGUGCCUGGAGGGGCGGGCGCCAAGGACACCAGAGGCGCACUGGCGUGUUUGCGUGCCACGGGCGCACUCGUGCAGACGGUGGCAUCGCAGGCUCUCUCCCGCCCGCCCCGCAUCCUGCAGGCCGACACGCUGGAGCCCUCACGGGUGUUUGCCAGCUACGCCACUGCCGCCCAUCUGCCCCCACCCGUGCUGUCUGCCGCCCAAGACUUGCUCAAGGACCUGGAUGUGCCGCCCAGACUCAUGCACAGCAGCAGUGCGCACGUGAGUGUGGACGUGGUGCAUCUGAGUGGCUUCGGCCCAUUCCUCGCGCCCACCUCCUACCCCCUCGCCGCGCGCGGCAUCGUGCUGCUGUGUGGGCGCAACGAGGUGGCGAGGGGGGCGGCGGGGGACAGCAACGGGGCGGGCAAGACGUCGCUGGCCAUGGCGGCGCUGUGGGCGCUCACCGGCAGCAUGGACGCUCGCCCUGACUCGCGCCAAGGCCUGCGCAUGGCCGAUGUCGUGCACCGCAGCGGCCAGGGGGAAGGGGGCGAGGGGGGCGCGGGGGAGGGGCGCGGGAGGAGGAGGAAUGGGGAGGGCGGAGGAGUGGGGGUGGCGCGCGUGCGGGUGGAGGGGAGGGUGAAUGGCAAGGCGUUUGUGGUGGAGAGGGAGGCGUGCAGGUGGGUGGAGAGGGAGGCGUGCAGGUGGGUGGGGGGAGGACGUGUGGUGGUGCUUGGAAGAAAGAGAGGAGGGCCGAGGCCCGGACUGCAUGCCCCUUCACGCUUCUCCUCCCACUCUCCUGCUCAAAACCUCAUGUCCUCUUUCCCUCUUCCCUCCUUCCCCUCCCUUUGUCUGCCCCUGGUGCCCGUGCAGCCGGCGUUCAGCGUUGCGGUUGGAGGUGGAGGGGGAGGAGCAGACGUGCCAGGAGAUCAGACUCACUCAGGACAGGAUCGAUGCCCUCAUGUGAGCCUCUGUGCGCUGCUGUAA